UAAUUCGCAAAAGGGAAAAGCCGCAACAACAUUCAAUUACAAUUACUGCAACUUACUUUUGGCCAAGGCUAGAUAAAACAAAAUUAUCCGGAAGUGAGAUCAGGAUUUGACCCAAAAACAAUGCCACAGCAACGGCGGAAGGUGGCCUUUAGUGGCAAGAAGAAGAAGGACCAGAUGCUCCAGAAGCGGAACACAAAAGGUCCGCCCAAAUAUCUAAGAAGCACUCAAGAAUCCUAUGAGGAUAGCGAUGUGCCUGAAACAACGAGAAAACUUAUGGAGCAGCCGUUUGGCCGUGGCGGAAAUCGGAAUAAGAAUGUAAAUCGUUAUAAUCUGCAGUUUUACCAGGAAGGCAAAAAAGAACUGGAGCAGAUGAAACAGGAGGGCUUUAAGCCCUUCGAAGUACUCAGCCCUAAGCAGCGGGAGGUAGACGAAAGUUACUUCGCUGGCUGUGAUUUUCCAGUUCGGCCACCUUGGUCAUUAACAAACUCCAAAGAACAACUUGAUCGCACCGAGAAUCGGUACUUUAAGGAAUAUGUGGACGAGCUGCAGAAGAAGCAGCGUGCUGGUGACUCAAAGGAGCUCUCCCUGUUUGAGUUGAACUUGGAAACGUGGCGGCAACUAUGGCGUGUCCUGGAGUUUUCGGACAUCCUACUGAUUAUAGUGGAUGUGCGCUAUGCAACGCUGAUGUUUCCGCCCUCACUCUACGACUACAUCAUCAACACGCUGAAGAAGCAUGCUAUUGUGGUGUUCAACAAAGUGGAUCUGGUAGAACCGCAUGUGGUAGUGGCCUGGAGGCAGUAUUUCCACGAACGCUACCCCCAGCUACCAGUAGUGCUUUUUGCAUCUUUUCUCCCACGUUCGCGCAAAGGAAGCCAACGUGGUCCACAAGCGCAUCGCAGGAGCAUGGAAGGAGUAUAUAACAUUUACAAAGAAUGCCAGCGUUAUGUGCAGGGAGAGGUGAAUCUAACGGCUUGGGAGCAGAAGAUACGAGAGGAUAUGCGUAGUGAUCAGUUGGACAUACUGGAUGAUCUAACAACGGCCGUGGAGGGUGAACUAAAAAUCAGUAGCAGCAUCGACACCACGCCCCAUGAGCAUGUUAAGUAUCACAGUGGAGUCCUCACCAUUGGCUGCAUUGGAUUUCCCAAUGUCGGAAAAUCCUCGCUGAUCAACGCUUUGAAGGGACGCAAGGUGGUCAGCGUGAGUCGCACUCCUGGACAUACGAAGCAUUUUCAGACAAUUUUCCUGACGCCACUUGUUCGUCUGUGCGACUGUCCCGGUCUAGUCUUUCCCUCGAGUACUCCCAAAAGUCUUCAAGUACUUCUGGGCAGUUUCCCCAUCUCCCAGCUGGCUGUUCCCUAUCGCUCACUGAAGUUUUUAGGCGAGCAUAUGAAUCUACCGCAGCUUUUGAGGCUCCAUCUACCCGAGGACUACGAUGAGUGGUCUGCGGUAGCUAUUUCCGAUGCCUGGGCAUAUAAGAGAGGAUUCCUCACAGCCAAAGCAGCUAGGCCUGAUCGAUACCGAGCCGCCAAUCACAUUCUUCGCAUGUGUCUGGCUGGUCAGCAGCUGUUAGUACUGCAGUUCUAUCCGCCGGGCUUCGAGGAACGACGUGAUCAUUGGCUCCAGCAUCCCGAUUUGGCAGAGGUCAAGCAGUACCAGCAAGUGGAACUAGAUGAGCCGGAAAGCGAAACCAAUGGCGACACAUCCUCCGUCUGUUCGGAUACUGCCGAUAGUGAGGACGAAGACGAGGACAGCUCCAAUGACGAGACAAACGCCGAUGAGGACGAGUGCGCCAUCGAGGAGGACACUCCUAGGUCUCGCAAUGUUUUUGCUUUACUGGAGGACGACUAGAGGGGGCAUUUACCAAUAUAUUUUGUUAUUGCAUCACUAAGUUUGCACUUAUAAUUUAUUUUUUAACAAUGUUUUGCUAAAAGAAUUCCUUUAGUGAGCUGAACAAUAAACUAAAACAUCAGGAUAUUGAGGCAGAUUA